AUGUCGACUCAUCACUCACGAUCGCAGCAGGACCGCGUGCCAGCUUCGCUUAGAAAGUUAGUUGAGCUGUCUGCCAAUCAAACAAUAAACCAAUAUCAGAACAUUAGUUCAAUAGAACUCGUUGUGCGUCAGCAACCCGUCAAGGCACGCCUCUGCAGCUUCAAAGAGAAAGUUGACAGGCGUCCGGUUGAUCCACCGCCUAUCGUUCAGCUGAUUUGCCGUGACCCAGACGAUCAAAGCUAUUUGCACGAUCCUUAUUUUUUCCUUUACGCUACGCUUGCAACUACGGAUGGUCAAGAUUUACACUUUAUGAACGGCACAAGAACUACAGCAGGCUCGGUUGUGCAAUCCCUACACAAACUUAAAGACAUUGAUGAUAAAGAUGGUGGUUUCUUCAUCUUUGCCGAUAUCAGUGUACGACAUGAAGGUUUCUUCAAGCUCAAAUUCACGCUUUUUAAGAUUAUCGAGCAAGUAUCACACGUACUCUUUUCAUUGCACAGUCGACUGACUCGAAAAAUAUUUUUUUCACGGCUGUACAACAGAACCCAUGUAUAUCGUCUGUGCUCUGCGUUUUCGGAUGCGUUCCAAGUGUACUCGCCAAAGACAUUUCCUGGCAUGUCAGAAUCAACUUUCUUGACACGUUGCUUUUCAGAUCAAGGAGUACGUAUUCGCAUUCGAAAGGAGACGAGGACACCAAGCAAUCAUACGAAAAGACGAAGGACUGAAGAGCAUGAAUACGAGGAUAACGAUGAUAGAUAUCGAUCGUCAACAGCUUCACAAUCGGAUGUAUCGCAUGCCAUGUCAAUGCAGAAUCUGUUACGCUCUGAUUCGACACCAACCGAUCCUCAACAUCCACCUCCACCACCUCCACCAUUAUCAUCUACGUCUGAAUACUAUCAUCGCCUUGAACCAACGACCACAGCAAUGUAUAGAUCAUCAUUGCAACUACCACCUAUACAACAAUCGGUACCACGGGACCCACAUUUUCCCGCCAGUGGCAUGCUUAGUACUUCACGACCCAUAGUCGCUGAUCAUUCGUCAUUGUAUAAUAGCAGCAGCAGCAGCAGCAGCAGCAGCAAUAAUUAUGCGAGUACCAGCAACAUGAGUGAUGCACAAAGAGCAUGGUCGUCAACAGCAUCAUCGUCUAAUCCAACGACGAACAUCAACAAUCAUCACCAGUAG